AGAAAAAUUAUCCAAUUCGUAUUACUGGAAAUGAAAUUUUUGGUAGAGUCUCAUCAACAACGCUUAAAACAAGUUUAAUUAGUCCAACUCAAGCCUAUGAUUUACCUAACGUCCCAGUCCAAUCCAAUACCGAUUCUACCGAUUCUAUAUCCCAAGCACCUAUUAUAAUUUUAAUCUUACUUGGUAUAUUUUUAUGGUUUUAUUGCAGAGGUAGAGGUAAAGCUAAAGAUAGAAAUAAUCUUGAUAGUAUUGAAGGU